AGACAUUGCUGGAAUCGAGACUUUAAAGUGCUCUGUCGACACUUUCACAGGGCUUUCUUUUUGCUAUCGAACACUCGAAAUCCCUGACAUGAACCAAUAGACCCUGGUCGAUAGAAAUUGAUCCGAUCCGCAAUGUCGAAUGCUGUUUACGAAAACUACCCCCCCGCCUUGAACCCCGCACAGAGGGAGUUCCUGGUGAGGACGAUCAAAGAUUGGACUACUCAGAAUGGACUGAUGGUCAGGCCUGCACCUACAUUUGUUUCCAAAGAUGUAAAUCCUCAUGGAGUGCUUGCGACAAAUGCCCCGGUGACUUUGUUUCCUAGCCCUUUCCCGAGAAGCUGCUUUGAAGAGGCCGAGGCACUGCAAACGGUGUACAAUAAGCUGUAUGCAGCGAUUACGUGUAAUGAGGAAUGGAUUGGCAAAAUCAUGGAAGAUCUUAUUGACGUGGAUGACUUUAUUUCGAACCUGUGGAAGGUUCACCUCGCUGUUAAGAAGGAGGGUUAUGUCCAGACUCUUUCUCUUGGUCUCUUCCGAUCCGAUUACAUGCCUCAUAUUCCUUCGGACUCGGCCGUCCCGCAACUGCAUCAGGUUGAGUUCAACACCAUUUCUUCCUCUUUCGGCGGCUUAUCGUCGCUCGUGGCAUCCUUACAUACCGAGCUUCUGAACUCCCCACCAGGCCAUCCCAUUGCCUAUCCGCCUCACCCCCUACUUGAGUCCAACCAACCUCCAAAGAAUACGGCCGUGGAGAGCUUGUCCGCUGGAUUGGCUGCGGCACACACAGCUUAUGGGUUAUCCAGGUCGACCCCUGCUCUUCCUAGGUGCAUUUUGUUCAUAGUCCAAGAAAACGAAAGGAACGUAUUCGACCAACUGGCGCUCUCCAGGCAACUCGCAAAGGUCCACAAAAUCCCGGUUUUCCGUCUCCUCAGCUCGGAAGUUCUAGAUCACACUACGAUUCCCAGCUCAAACCCGUCCCGUCCUCUUAUCUACCGCCCACCUCACGCUCCAGAGGGCACAGAGUUCGAAGUUACAACCGUAUAUCUACGAUGCUUUUACACGCCCACUGACUACAAAUCCGAACGCGAUUGGGAGGCCCGAACUCAGCUGGAACGGUCUGCCGCAAUCAAGUGCCCCACUGUUCUGAACCAACUCUCCGGGUCCAAAAUUGUACAGCAAGUACUCGCGAGCACAACUGGACCCGACCAUUUGAGCAGCUUUCUCGCCGAUACCGAUCCUGCCAUCAUCGCAAAGCUCCGAAACACCUUUGCUCCGCAGUAUGACCUGUCUGAGGGCGGGCAAGGCAGAGAACUCGCUCUUAACCCGGAGACGGCAGAAAACCACGUUCUCAAGCCCCAACGAGAGGGCGGUGGUAAUAACAUCUACAAAUCCGCGAUCCCCGAUUUCCUACGAUCGAUCCCCGAAAACGAAUGGAAGCGCUGGAUCCUUAUGGAGCUGAUCACCCCACCAGCGGCUGCGAAGAACAUAGCCCUCCGGAGCGAUGGGGAAGUCCUCAGCGGAGCCGUAAUCGGGGAGCUAGGUAUCUACGGUACAAUCCUGUGGGACCAGGCUGGGGGAGAGAUUCUGCGUAAUGAGCAAGGCGGAUGGCUGAUGCGGACCAAGGCAAAGGAUGUCAAUGAGGGAGGUGUUGCGACAGGAUUUUCCAGUUUAGAUAGCGUCGUUCUAUUUUAAGCACUAACUAUGAGACGAUAACCAGAUGUUC